AUGUAUUUCGAGCCGUCUUUUAUUGAUACCAUACAACUUGUCACCUCUACCUGCAAUGCGCGCUACCUAUUCAUUUCUUAUCUCAAUGAUAAGGGAGAAGUGCCACGAUGCCCGACGUGCCCACAUGGACCAGUCAAGGAGCAAGAUCUCAUCGAGGUUCUCCGGUCAUCUGGUCAAGAUAGCUCACACCAGGAGUCCACAGGGGACGAAAAAGAAGGAACGUCGACGUCAGAAGUCUUUCUGCGCCGAAAUGAAUUUAGAUCAUCCACGAAACAGGAUGCGCUGGUACCAAACCUUAUUCUUGUUUACGUUCCAUCCGAGCUCUGCGAUCUUGAUUUUGGCACACUUCCCUCUGACGCAACAGAGUCGUACCUUCCUGCAAUUUCUCUGUCGUAUGAAUUUCCAGCCAUCUCUGUCGCAUCUUCGGAAGCUCCUUCCGCAAAAUGUGCACCAAUUUCAGAUUUUGAUUUAACUAUUUCCGGUCUGAUGGUUGGCUUGCACAUGGGCAGAGAAGCAGGUCUUGUGAGGCAUAUGGUACACCAGCACCUUCUCAAGGACGAUGGUUGCAUGGGAUUGUUCCCAACAGUGAAACACUAG